CAGCUUCCCGAAAGGCGCCUCUCUUACCCCACGCCCACCAACACCACCCACCACCCCACCCACCCACCCACCUCACCUCACCUCACCUCCCAGCACCCACCCCGCCAACGCCAAAAAUGUCUGUUUAGAGCAAAAGGAGCAACAGAAUCUGAAUGAAUUAUCAAUAUCCUGCUUUUCUCUCAUAGGCCUAUUCAUAUUAUUUGUCUCUGCAUUUUUCACACCAAAAAAGACACCAUUUUUAGGGACAGUGCUGCCGGAAGAAACGCCUGUCCCGAUUGGCCCUUUUCCCCUUUCCACUGUCUUACAGUUCCCUUUUUCCCUCUCUGAGGAAACGAAGCAAGAUUCUCUGUAAACUUCUGCUGCAGAUGCAGAUAUUGCUGAGAUCAAUAUUGUCUGCUUUGACCGACAACUAAAUAACAAGAUACAAAAGGAUGUGGUCAAUUCAUCACUUCAUGAACAAACUAAUGAAGGCGGUGGAAGAAAAUUUUGACGAGACUGCUGAAAAUCACUUUAACUUUGUUGAUUCUUAUACCAUCCAGCAGUCACCAAACAACCAGAGUAGGACUUCAGUCUCGUCCUACUUUGUUGAUGUACCUCACAUAAAUCAGCAAAACACAUGGGAUUGUGGUCUUGCUUGUGUUCUUAUGGUUUUGCAAGCUGUUGGUGUAUAUGAAUGUACAAUUCAAGAACUAGAGGAGCUCUGUUGUACCACAAGUAUUUGGACUGUAGAUUUGGCAUAUUUGCUGCAGAAGUUUUCUGUAAGCUUCACAUAUUGCACAGUUACAUUAGGAGCCAAUCCAGAUUUUUCUGUUGAGACGUAUUAUAAGGACCAACUGCCAAAUGACCUUAGACGAGUAAAUAUGCUCUUCCAGGAAGCUCGUGAAGCUGGAAUCAGUAUACAGUGCAGAUCAGUUAGUGCCAAAGAAAUUUCUGACUUUAUUUUGUCAGGAAAAUAUGUCGCUAUUGCUUUAGUCGAUCAGCAUAAAUUAAGCAGCCAGUCUCAGCUAGAGGAUAUUUGUGUCUCGGACUACUAUAGUGGUGGCCCUAGCUACACCGGUCACUAUGUUGUUAUUUGUGGCUAUGAUGCUUCUACAGAUGAGUUUGAGAUUCGAGAUCCUGCCAGCUCAAGGAAACAUGAAAGGGUUCCUUCAUGGUGCUUAGAGCAGGCUCACAAAUCCUUCGGUACUGACGAGGAUUUUCUGCUGAUUUCCAUUGAAAAGGGAGGAGCUCAAGGCAGCCCUUUAGGGUUCUUUUCCUUGUGACAUUGUAAUUGGUCGAGACGGGGGCGCGUGUAAGACCGUUGCUGUCUGAGGGAAAAUAUGUUGUUUACUUGAUAGCAUGUUCACUUCAUCUCCUGCACAUAUUAGGCCUUUCCUUUGAUCUAUAGUGGGUUGUAAAUAAUCCAAAGUCAUGCUGUGCUUCUCUCUCACUAGUGAAUAGUGAUGCUCUCUAAAUGAUGUAAUGUAUCUUGUAAUUAAGAAAAUCAUUCAAGUUUCUAUGUCAAUGUUGGUCUCUUUUUCUUUUUA